AUGGCUAACCCCCGCCACGGUAACACGGUCCAUGAAGUCACCCUCCUUCAGCAAGAAUAUUAUGCUUUGGAUCUCCGAUUCUGGAGGUUUGAGAUGUCGGCGAUCGAAUGGGAUCCUGGAACCCUUGCUUCGGCACAAUGCAUGGAUGAGGGCAACCCCAUGGUUCGUUUGUUUCAGGUGUCUGGGUGCCAGAACUGUUGA